UUCAUUUCUGAAAAUAAUUACUACUUUACUUGAAUAUGACUUUUAUUUCUUCCCUGGUGUAUAUACACAUGCAUACAUGUUUUACUUUUAUAGUAAUUAUUUGUUAUUAAAAAGCAGAAAUAUUAUUAUUUUUACUAUUAUUAUCUCAUAAGGAUAGGCUACAUUGGCUUGUGUGAGUCUUCUGUCUCUCGCUCGCUCUACCACACACGCUGAGAGAGAGAGAGAGAGAGAGAGAGCGCGUUCAGUGUGCGUCAGUGUCGCGUGCUCUCACUCAGACAAAUCUGUGGGACAACACUGCUCAAGUUAAAUGUAAAAAUAUUAAUUGUAAAUGGCUACAUUUUUUUUUAAACUAACGUUACCUUGACCGACAUGAAUGUGAAACGAAAGGAGGUUUUCUCAAUUCUAGCAGAUCUGCGCAAAUGACGUCACACAGAACGGCAUUAACGGUAAUUAACGGUGCUGAAGAGCGGGCCGUACAAAAUAAAGACGGAACGGCUCGUUUGAAUAGUGAACAGUAGGCUUAUGGUACAUUUAAAUGACAGGCCGUCGAUUUUAUACUUGUGUACACAAAAAAUACUUUACCUCGUGAAAGCUCUCCCGUCAGGCGACGUCCACUCAGAGUCCGGCUGUGCGCGUCACGUGACGACUGCAGCUUAUAUAACCUCCGGUUCUUUCGCGGGCUUUGCACGUGAGGUGUCAAAUAGUUAAAGUUACAUUUAUAUGUAUUGAUUGAUUUUUUUUUUUUUUUUUGCCAGGAAAAAUAUAACAUGAGGUAAUGAUUGUAGCCUACAUCUUAGAUUAUUUAAAAAAAAAUAAAAAAUAAAAAAUGAAAUAAAUUACACACGUUUGUUUUUGUGAAAAGUGGGGACAUCCCAUAGGCGUAAUGGUUUUUAUACUGUACAAACUGUAUGUGCUAUUGUCCUACACCAACCCUACACCUAAACCUACCCCUUACAGGAAACUUUCUGCUAUUUCAGAUUUUCAAUACACUCCACUCUGUGUGAUUUAUAAGCGUUUUGAAAAGUGGGGACAUGUCCUGAAAAGUCACCUUCUCCUUGUAAUACCUGUCAUACCCUUGUCAUUAUACACAUCUAUGUCCUGAUUUGUCACAAAAAUGCAGUAGCCCUUCACUGCAGAACAAAGGCGCAUUCUGUAACACGGAGUCAGAGGCAAUCGGAUCCAUUUGCAGUGUUUAUUUAAGAUCAGUAUAACUGUGCGUUCACACCAGACGCAACUUGCGCGAAUAAAUCGCGCUAUUCGCGCGUAGUUGGACGCUUGAACAUUUUGAGUUUACUCGCUUCAUUCGCGCGUGAAAUUCGCUUCAUUCGCGCGUGAAAUUCGCUUCACAACAGACGCGAAUUCGCGUCAUGGGAGGGGCUUCUGCCAGGCGGCUCCAGUCUCGUUGAAAAAUGGCAGACAUGGAUUUUAUUGAGAGGGUAGCUGCGCUUUAUGUGUUAUGGAAGGCUGAAAAACGGCGUAGACUCGUUCGGCGCCGUGUCUGGGUCCAUCAGAUCCUUCAGAGGCGCACCCAGCUUGGUGAGUUUCACCAACUCCUCCAGGAGCUGCGCCUGGAUGACGGCCGCUUUCAGCGGUACUUCCGACUGAGCCGGUCCCAGUUUGAUGACCUGUUGUCCCGUGUCGGUGGGAGGAUUUCCUGCCAGGACACCAACUACAGGCACUCUAUUCCACCUGCAGAGCGCCUGUCCAUCUGUCUCCGGUCAGUAAACUCUUUAAUAUUCUGUGUGAUUACAAGUAAUUAAUGAGUGAGAACCUCCACAGACAUAUAGUCUUCACUUUUCUGAACACACAGUUAUCAAUACAGCACUUUAAUGAAAUGGCAAUUAACUUUAGUCUACUACAGUCAAAGUGGGUUUUGAAUUGUGCAGGUAACUGCUAUAUUAUAAUAUUGAAUAAUAGUCUGUUUUUGCAAUGUAGCAAGCAAAUCAGAGCAAAUGCUAAAUAAAGGUGAAGUAUUAAGGGCAUUUUAUCAAGCUUGUUGUUGUUUAACUGUAAAAAACUAAAGAGAAAUGAAGAUGUCACAAACACCAGUAUUAUAAAUUUCUAUUUGCUAAUAUGGAAUUGCAGUCUGCAUUUAUAACAAUGUUUAUUUUAUUUUUUAUUUUCUCUCUCUUUCAGAUAUCUUGCCACUGGAGACUCCUUCCGGACCAUCGCCAGCAGCUUCCGUGUUGGUGUCUCCACAGUCUGCAAGGUUGUCCCAGACGUGGUGACCGCAAUCUGGGACUGCUUAGUGGAGGAGUUCAUGGCUGUGCCCUCCACAGAUGAAUGGAGGUCCAUUGCAGAGGGUUUUGAGAAGAGGUGGAACUUCCCGCUCUGCUGUGGAGCACUGGACGGCAAGCACGUCCUGAUAAAGGCACCCCCCAACACCGGAUCCCAGUUCCACAACUACAAGGGAACUUUUUCCUUAGUUCUCCUUGCUGUUGUGGAUGCAAGAUAUUGCUUCCGGGUGGUUGAUGUCGGGGGAUAUGGGCGGACGAGCGAUGGUGGGACUCUGGCCAAUUCAGCCUUUGGCCAGGCACUCCGUGGUGGCACCCUCCAUCUGCCACCUGACCGUCCUCUCCCAGGAGCUGACCACAGAGGACCCCAGCCCCAUGUCUUUGUGGCAGAUGAGGCCUUUCCCCUCAGGAAAAACCUCAUGAGGCCAUUCCCUGGGCGCAUCCUUCCACGAGAGAGACGAGUCUUUAAUUACCGUCUCUCCAGAGCCCGGCUGGUGGUGGAGAACGCCUUCGGGAUCCUGUCCUCACAGUGGAGGAUGUAUCACUGCCUCAUAGAGGUUCAGCCUGAUGUUGUGGAGAGGUGUGUGAAGGCAACAUGUGUCCUCCACAACUUCAUGAGGAGAUCUGCAGAGGCACCUGCUGUGAGGGGGGCGGUACAAGGUGCAGAGGACUCGCUGCAGAGUCUCGGUCGGGUUGCAGCCAAUAAUUCUGCCAGAGAGGCCAUCCGGGUCAGGGACAGCUUCAUGGCUCACUUUUCAGCCGAGGGAGCACUCACGUGGCAACCGACCGAAUAG